AUGCCCGAUCCAUGUCUUGUCGGCAUGCAAGUCAAUUACUGCGGCGCGGUCUGGACAAUUGUGGCCGUGUUCUGUGGAGCCGGGAUUAAUUCGGUGUCCUCGUAUCUGCUCGAUAACGGCCAUGUACAAUACAUCAUCUGGGCUGUCGUCAUAAUCCUUAUACUCGGCCCCAUUCUUUUACAAGACCGCUCGCCUAUUCCAGAAACGUCUAGCAACGUUCGUAAAAUUAGCGAGCUUUCUGAGCUAAAGUCUCUCUUAUCAUCUACCACUUAUGUCGUUGUCGACUUUUACGCCGACUGGUGUCCUCCUUGCCGCGCCAUCGCUCCAAAUUUUUCAAAGCUGGCCGAUGAAUAUGCUUCGAAGGGACAGCUCGCUUUUGCCAAAGUCAACGUUGACCAUUGUAAAGGUGUUGCUAAGCACUACAAGAUUACCGCUAUGCCGACCUUUCUAUUUUUUAAAGAUGGAGAGCCCACGUCGGUUGUAGUGCAAAGUAACAAGCACAGCACAUCUACAAAGAUACCCAAGGACGGCGUGGUUGAAAGAAUUCAAGGCGCGGAUGUAACGUUGCUAAGAAGUACGGUGCAGGCUUUGGCUGAGACUGCACAGCGCUAA